CAACAACGCCAUAGAACAGUUGAGUCUACCACCGCCACACCUCGCUCUCCCACCAACUGACACACCACACACGUUUUCUCUCAAGCAAAAUGUAAACAUCAGAGUGCAUCAUUGACAACUUUUUUUUGCUAUCAGUAUUUUGUGUGUCCUGCGUCAUGUGACAGUCAGGUGCCCCACCAAGCAUGUCAGAGGAGCUGGAGAGGAGCGAUGGGGGCGGGCGUGCAGUGGGUGUGGUGUCAGGCGUGGUGUCAGGUGUGGCGUCAAGUGUGGCUAGCGUGGCGUCGUCUGUAUCACAUGGUGUUGGGGAUGUGGUGCACACUGUGGCCACGGGAAUGGGGGAUGUUGUGCUGGUGCUAGGUGUUGGGGGCACAGUACAGCAAGUGACAUCAGGGGUGAAACGUCUCCUUACUGAUCCCCCAGACUCCCCUAUGGCCAGGGGGGUUAUGAAAGGAAGAGGAGAAGAGGAGGAGGAGGAGGAGGAGGAGGAAGAGUGCCCUGGUGUUCUUCCUCCAACACCUCGCAAUUCAACUCUGUCACCAUACACAGAUGACACAUACAGUGAUUUGAGUCCAGGCACUGAUUCAGAGGCAGCAGCAGAAGAAGCAGCCAUCAACCAUGAGCUGGGACUGUCAGAGGAUCACUUUUCAAAGCCAGAGGAGAGCAUAUUGAACAUGACUAAGGAGAAUGUGGAGAACAAUAUUGAAAAGUGCAAGGCAUUGAUCCUCCAGUGUGAAGAGUCUACCUCUCGCCGGCGGGCCCUCGUGCACAAGCUUAUUCAACUCAGACUCAGACUACAGGAGAUGCACGACACAGCUGAGAUCGCCUCCACUGGUGUGCUGGUCAAGAUGGGGCACCACCUGCAGCCCCAGAAGCCGCCACUCACUCGUGCCUCAAAGCAGUACUGUGACAAGUGUGCUCACAUCAUCUGGGGGGUGAUUCACAUCUCCUAUGUUUGUUCCUUGUGUGAUUACAGGUGUCAUGGCAGGUGUGUAGAGGAUACCAUUCGCAGGUGUGCCAGUACCAGGGUUACUGAGGACCCCAUGUACAUUCUACGCAUUUGCCCUGAAGUGGGGCUAGCAUCCCAGAACUACAAGUGUGCCGAGUGUAAAAGAAUCAUAACAAACAGAUACACUGUAGGUUCAAAGGCAAAGACAGGAGGGAAGAAGUGCUCAGUCCAUCCAAGGGGCUUCUCUUGUUUUGGUGAUCCCAUGCGACAAGAAAGUGCAUGGAGCGAGCCACGGCGAUGUGACUACACAGGCCUCUACUACUGCCCAGCCUGCCACUGGGGAUCCCGGGUGGUGCUGCCGGCCAGGGUACUUCACAACUGGGACUUUGAGGAGCGGGGAGUGAGUCGACAGGCAAAGCAGUUCCUUGCCCUGAUGAGAAACAAGCCUGUGCUAGACUUAGAGAAACUCAAUCUUCACCUUUUCAAAUUUGUGGAAGAACUCAUUACUGUGAAGAAACUUCGUGAGGACAUCUUGCUCAUGAAGCGCUACCUGGGGACCUGCCGGGCUGCCCAGGAGACACGUAUGCUCCGCCAGCUGGAGGAGAGGCAGCAUUUUGUUGAGAACUCACACAUGUAUUCUCUGCAAGACCUUGUAGAUGCUGAGUCUGGAGUGCUGGUAACUUACCUACAGAAAGUCCACCAGACUUUCUCAGAACACAUCAAAACAUCUUGUCUGGUUUGUCAGGGAAAGGGUUACAUCUGUGAGAUUUGUGAUGUUAGUGACAUAAUUUUCCCAUUUGAUGGAGGAGUCGUUGUAUGUGAUGGUUGCUCCACUGUGCUGCAUCACCUGUGUUACACCAACAGGGGCUCCAAAUGUCCCAGAUGUGUCCGGCAGGAGGCCAGGCGUAGGCAGGAAACAACAGGGGACAGAGUAGGGGUCGGAAGAAGGUGAGAGAUCCCACAGUUUGAGUAGAAACAAGAAGGCAAAUUCAUCAUCUUGUUUAUUAUUUGAGUUUGAGGAUGUUUUGCCCUCUGAAUUGCUGAUGAGGUGUGUUUAGAAGUGCAUCACAGGAUUUGUUUGAAGAUUUUUGUUCCAGGAUUUUAUUUGAAAGAUAUUCGUGAUAAUAUUGACAACUUGUAAGUGAAUUCAUGAAUAAUGAACUUUCAAUACUUAUAAAUGUUAAGUUGUACAUGUUAAGUUUAAAGAUACUUAAAACUGCUCCAAACAUUCUUACAUAUAAGUGUACUAUGAAAGAAAGUGUAAUUCUGUACAUAAAGAUUACUAAAUGUAGAAACUUCUAAGACAUAUUUGAAGUUCAUUGUAGAAAUCUGGCUAUAUGUAACAGAUGAGAGAGAGAGAGAGAGAGAGAGAGAGAGAGAGAGAGAGAGAGAGAGAGAGAGAGAGAGAGAGAGUUGUUCUAUAAGAAGGAAAGCAUGGAGUGCAUUGCCAUUGUGCAAGUUUGCUGAGUGUGCCUAAGUGUACAAGCUUGGUGACCAUUGACACUAGGCAGUGCAGUGAACUGUAAUACAGUACAGAAUAACAGGUUGGCAUUUUGUGGUGUUGAUUGUGUGAAUUUUUCUACCAAUAUGGAUAAUUUCCUUUUGUUUUGUCCUGUGACAAAGAAAAGACUAGUCAGUCAUGAGGUCUGAGGGUUGCAUCAUAGCACUCCCUUAUGCUACCCAACAUCUCUUUUGAAAAUGUGCAUGCAGUAUACUUUAAUUAAGAACAUAUCACUAUUAAUCAUGUACACAGGCACCAAUAACAAAUGUUGGUGCUUGGUUUCUGAUGGAAAAUGCUGCUACAAACACACAAGCAGCAAUGAUAAUGAUAAUUACAAAUAUUCUUAAAGAAUAGACCUGCCUAGUUUUUGACUGUUUUGAUGGAUAGCUGGCCAAAGCAUGAUAUUGGAACCAUCAGUACCUGUGACUAUAACUAUAGUGUGUAUAUGCAUAUGCAAAAGUAAUGAAAAGGCAAAGAUUCUAUAAAUUUACCAAAUAGAAUUUUGUCAAAACUGGAUUUAAAAAAAAAACCAUUCCUAAUAUGCAAAUAUGAUACAACACUAAUCUCUUAACUAUUCUUCCUGAAGUGUUACCAAUGUACAGAUUUGUUCUUCAUUAUUUCACCUACGUUACCUCUUGAAAGGAAAUCUGUUUAUAUUUUUCCUUGUAUUUUGUGUGUAUAAUAUCCUAAUUUGUUCUUUUAAAUGUUUUCAGCAGUCAUGAACCUUUGUUUUACAUGAUUUGGACAGUGAUGUGGCUGUGCAUGAACUGCAUGAACUUAUUGUCUUAGUUCAAGUUGUCAAUAAUUUUGUAGAUACACUGGCAAGUGUUCUUUGCUCUUCUGGAAGUUUUCAGUAAAACAAAAGUUAAUGCUACUGCUGCUGCUGCUGCUGCUGCUACUAAAUCUUAGUACUGUAUAAAAGUUUCUUUGGGGAAUUUCCAGACACACAUAGUUUCUGUGUGAUUAUGAAUAUUUUCCCCACAUAGUAUUAUCAUGGUUUUUUUUUUUUUUUGUGACAGCUAUUUUCAUAAAUUUUUAACCCUAAUUUGGAUUUUUUUUUCACAUUCAGGCUGGUAUGGUUUUCUUAAAAAAAAAAAAAAGGGGAAAUAAGCCAGAAAUGUGAAUGUUUUGUUUAUACACAAGAAAUGAAUAUUUCCAGAGGUUGGUAAGGGUCCUGUCAUGAGGAGGCUAACAUUUAUUGUAUGAUGUUAGAUGAGAGGUGACAGUCACAGGCUUGGGUUUGCUAGACAGUGGUUGCAUUCCCAUGACCUUCCUGUGGCUCUUUCUAGUGUGGUGCAUGUACAGACAUGUGCUUGCUGCUUCAUACUUAAUCUCUACCUUUUUGUAAAUUCCAUUAUUGUACAUUUUCAUAUACUUAAGUGUUUACAGCAUUGUAAGACUUGGAAGCUUGAAUGACUCACCACAACAGUGAGUAUAUACUAUGAGUGUGUAACAUUAUACUAUCAUAAAAAUUAUAGGAAACUAUUUUCAUACAAAAGUAAGAUAUAAUCCCCCGGAAAAAAAAAUAAUAAAUGUAAAAUGAUUUC